CAGGCUACAGAAUGGUUUCUUCUUCAAGUAGCCAAGCGCCGAUGGAACGUGAAAUGUCUGCCUCCAGGUGUGGCUCAAGUAGCAUGCAUAUCGCGUGCAUAACUGAAUCACACUGCCGCGAAACCCAUGGGGGAAGGAGGCUAAAUAGUGGCACCUGGACCAAAGCUCCGGAGGGGUUAUGGCAUCCGCCGAGUAUGUAAACAGGGCAGUUUCCCAUGCUCCUGAAGGGGCCGUGCGGUUCAUGAUCAUCGUCGCAACCCUGCUAUGCGGUUACUAUAGUAGAGGAUCAAUCGUCUUGGCUCUCCCCGUCCCUGAGAUGGCUCAGCUUCCGUCUGGGGCUGCCGGCGCCGCCGCCGGCGCGAUGGUAUACUCCUGCAUCAGCGAGAUUUGUAGUUUCCUCCUGCUGUGGUUGACCUGGUCGCAUGGCGAACAGUUCACCUAUGUUGCAUGCGUUGCCUACUUUACCCUGCUAAGCACGACUGGCUCGAUCAUCCAACAAGUUCACGAUAUCAUAACAUGGCGAGACAUGCUGUGGGAUCAGUUCAACAACAAGAAAUUGAACCCAAAUAAUCCAGAACAGGCUAUUGCCAAUGGCUCGGUUGGCAUGGACCUAGUUUUGUACUACAUUCAGUACUACUGUUACAAUGUAGAAGCAAUGUUUGUUAUGUUUUGGGCCAUUGCACUCGCACAAUCAGUUUACAAGCUGAGCGAACGCGGGAGACUCAGGCGAAUGUUACACAGAAUCAAUGCGGCCGGCAAGAUAAUUGCUGUCGUGUUUCCGCUUUGCACGAUUCUAUCACUGCGCAUACCCGCCUUGCAAAAACAGUUUGUUCCAUUUAUCCUAGUUGCAGAUCUGCCGCUCAUGUUAAGUCUCGCUGUGGGGUCUAGUACAAUGCUGGCCAUACUCACGAGAUACGUCCAAUCACGGAGGAAGUUAACAUCGUUCAAUGUCAGCUACGGGCCCUCGAGUCAAUCGGGGUCCAAUAGUGCCGACACAACAGUCAAUUCUUCUACGAAUAAGUCACAACCCACACGCAGUGUCUAUGACAGAUGGCUCAUGGGGCGCUUCACAAUCGCGUUCUUAGCACUCUCGAUCUUCGAAGUCACCAACACCUUGUUCCAACUAGCUUCCAUCGGCAACAAUAAAAAAGAUGAGAUUUUGGUCGAACCAGAUUUCAGCUUAGAACGCGCCAGGGCAACCUUCGCGCUCUUUCUCCCAGGUGUGACACCGGGCAUCUUUCUCUUCAUCAUCUUUGGCACGACAAGAAAUUGCCGAACGUUGAUGUUGGAAACUUUUACUUUACGAAGAUGGCGCAGGUUGAGGGAGGAGAAGAGGAACACUAUGGAGGCCUGCGCUGCCGGACGCAAAGACUCAAGGAAACCUCUUCCACCUCUGCCUAAGGCUCGUUGGGCGGAUGAGGCGCAAGGCGAGAGCAUCCAGAUGCGUACUCUCAGAUCGGAAAAUGCCAGCGAAAGCAAUCUCAGCGAUGGAGGAUCCAUUCUGCCCAUGAUGACGAAUGACAUAAAACAUCAUCUUGGGGAGGGUUAUAAAUCACCGUGGAGAUCACCAGCUUCAUAGAAUGCCGAGACUGAAUCCUUUUCAUAGAGAUAUUGUAUGUAGCAUGGGGUGAUAAACUAGUAAAUCACUAGGGCUUGACGAAGACAAAAAGGAAACUUGACGUCCGACCCAAAACUGUGAUGGCUGCUGUCUAGACAGAGGGUUCAGAGAGGAUUGCACAUCUUUCUCGAUGACAGGACCCGACGGCAAUUAGGCCAACGCCGGUUUCUGGAGAAUCCGCAGCAUAUCUCGGUCCGAUGGCUAAUGGGCAGCUAGCCAUUAUUUCCUUGGUGGUGGAAGGAAUCUGAAACUUUGGUGAAGAAGCGGUCACUUUCAAGCGGGCAGAUACGACUCUUGCAACGGCUUUCGAUUUAGAGUUUGCAA